CACAAUAGUAUUAUAAAUGGACGGGAUAGAACAAGCAAUAGUGCCCAGAGAAUCGACUCAUAAUGACUUGAAUGAAUUUGUGUCCGUUCAGAAUCCAAAAUCCCAGAUUCAGUCCCGUAUUUGGCAACUCUAUAAAGACAAUUACCAACCCGGUCUUCUUAAAAAGGUAUUGGCAGAGACGGUAGCAACAUUUAUGUUGGUGUUUGUGACAUGCGCGGCAGCAGCAAUCAGCAACAGUGACAACCGCAGAAUCUCGCAGUUGGGAGCAUCAAUCGCUGGAGGACUCAUAGUGACAGUCAUGAUCUACUCCGUCGGUCACAUCUCCGGUGCACACAUGAAUCCCGCUGUCACUAUCGGUUUCGCAACUUUUCUACGUUUUCCAUGGAAACAGGUACCGUUCUAUGCGUUAGCUCAAUUCACAGGAGCAAUUUGUGCCGCAUUAACACUUCGUGAACUGCUAGACCCAAUUGAGCGUAUUGGCACCACAACACCUUCUGGGACAGAUGUUAAAGCUUUAGCUAUGGAGAUUGUUGUCACUUUUAACAUGAUGUUUAUCACCUCUGCUGUAGCCACUGAUGCUAAAGCGGUAGGAGAGCUUGCAGGUUUGGCGGUCGGUUCAGCCGUGUGUAUAACAUCAAUCGUAGCUGGGCCAGUAUCAGGUGGAUCAAUGAAUCCAGCGAGAACACUGGGCCCGGCAAUUGCCAGUGCAGAGUACAAAGGUCUUUGGGUGUAUUUUGCGGGACCAGUCACCGGAACAUUGCUGGGCUCAUGGUUUUAUAAGAUCAUUCAGUUGAGUGAGCGCAAACCCAUCAUCAAUCCUUCAAUAUCACUUAAACUCCGUCGAUUGAUGACCAACAAUGUUCAGGUUGAUGACAACAAAGAGCCCGCCGUCAGUUCUGCAGUUUGAUAUUAUUAGUUAUAUACAAUAUUGCAAUAUUUUUGUGUCAUAUAUGCAUUAGUGUACUUUUUAUGGAACCUUAAUUUCUAGGUUUAGUGCUACUUGUUAUUUGUUAGUGAGAAUAAUCACG